AUGGCCCGUGUCGUCAUACUUCUGAUGACUGUUCCCGUGUGUGUGGCUGGUUUUGGCGCCAAUGCGAUCAACCUGGCCGUAUUUUGGCGCCAAGGUAGCUGGAUCAUCUACGGCCUCAGUCUAAACAGCUGCUGUACGGCUGUCUUCAUCUCGGUGGAGCGCUGUUUGUGCAUAACACAGCCGUUCAAGGUCAAAGAAAUUAUCACACCUGGUCGGUCUAUCUUCAUCAUCGCCUCCAUCUUUACUGUAUCUAUGGCAACCGUUUUUCCCUCAUUGUCACUGGUUAGUUUCGUGACUCAGCGAGAUCCUUGCACGAAUGUGAUUCCAAGAUACAUGAUGUUUGUCCAUUCCAUCAGUGUAAGACCAGUGAGAUUUAUCGUGUCCAACAUCCUCUUCACGAGCUUGCAGAUUAUCUCUUUCAUCUGUCUACUUCUGUGUACCGGAACUCUGAUUCUUUCUCUGAGAAACGAAACAAAAUGGCGGAAUAGGGUGACGUACAGACCUUGCGCGGUGACGCUGGCGAAUACAGCCGAGCCGUCGCUCAGUCGUGAAAAGCGAGUGGUCAAGAUGGUGGUCAUCGUGGCCUCUGUAUUCAUAGUUUGCUUUGCGCCAGCUCAGGCCGCCCCUAUCGCCAACCUGUUGAUGCCAGAAUUUUUUCACGGGCGUCGCUAUGGUUACGCGUACGGCGUGUGUUGGGCGGUGUCCUACUUCCUGUACUCCGUCAACUCCAGCGUCAAUCUCAUCGUUUACUACAACAUGAGUUCUAGGUACAGGGACAGUUUGGGCCGCCUCAUUAGACAAUACUUAAGCUGUUUACACACGAGGUGA